AUGGCUGAGACCGAGGCCUUGGUUGUCACAACUUUCCCAACCGAUCCUUCUCCUCCCCAUGGCCAUCAUACCUUAGCGGAAAUCGACCUCAAGCUGCUCGUCUUCAUGAAUCAUUCGCAUGAGAGCGAUGCAUUUACGUUAUGGCACUUCUACCCGAAAGGUUCCAGCGCCCAUGCGUUUGCCGUUCUGGCUAUGACCAACUUUCCAGAUGAGGAUCUUGCGAUUAUCGAGGAAAGACCUAUCCGAGAUGGACUGAGAUACACCAUCAUUAAUGACGUGAUGCGCCAAUACGAUUCACUGACUAACCUGCUCGUCGAUCCAACUCCACCAGUGGUUCCCGAGUUUGACGAUCUCGGACAAAACUGGGCGUUCCAAGAAUACGUGAACAAUCUUAAUGUCAAUCACGCCGAUUUGCAACCCUGGGAACUCGAUUUUAACUGGCACCUCCGACCAGUCAACUCCUUCAUGGCAUUUCGCGCUUUCUGUGGACCUGCCUUAUUCAACCGGCCCCAGACGAUGAGAUCUGCGUACGUCAGUCGCUUUUGGAUCGUUUCUCCACACCGUCCCCAGUUUGAGCUUAUCGCUCAAGCUUUCAAUUAUCUACGAGAUACGCACGGUAUGCAGACGAACCUUCGUUUCUUCGUCUUCUUUGUUGCAACUCGCCUCUUCCGACUGCCGGUUCCUAGCCUGUACAUUAUGAUGUGCGGAUGGAACUUCUGGAUUAGAGAUGCCAGGAACCUUUGGCCGGCAAAUUUCAGUCACUGCCCGACAUGUCCUUCCGUAACUGGUCAGGAAGUCGCCAACUUUGCACGAAUGCUUCGACUUUCGCCCACAGUUCCUGGGGCCGAGCCUAUGGCCGCUAAUACCAACACACUUGCUGUCUAA